AUGAGUAUCUACAAAAAAUUAAGAGUUAAAAAUGAACUUGCAAGAGAUAUUUUAGCAGAAUUUCUAGGAACAUUUGUCCUUGUGUCAUUUGCUAUUGGUGCCAGUUGUCAGUACGUAUUAACCAGACAAACCUUGGCUAGUUUUCUUACUUUGAAUUUUGCCAAUGGAUUGGGUCUAGUGUUUGGUAUUUAUACUGCUGGUGGUAUUUCAGGUGCAUCACUGAACCCCGCUGCUACAAUCGCUUUAUGUAUGCAUGGUUUAAUAGAAUGGUAUAAAUGGCCAUUUUAUACGAUAGCAGAAUUAGCAGGAGCAUUCUUGGCAGCUGCUGUUCAAUAUGGUGUCAAUUAUGAUAUGUUAAAUGCUUAUGACGGUGGUAACAGAACAACAGUAGGACCAACGGCAACAGCCUAUGUGUUUUCUACUUUCCCAAAUCCAGAUGUUUCAACUUUAAACUGCUUUUUUGAUCAGGUGUGGGGUACAUUUGUUCUUCUCGCAUGUACAUUCGCAAUCGUUGAUAAAAGAAACUUUAUGCCAAUCGACAAAGGGUUACUACCACUAUCGUUGGGUUCCAUUGUAUUUGCAAUUGGUACUUGUUGGGCAGGAAAUUGUGGGUAUGCUCUAAAUCCUGCUCGAGAUUUAGGACCACGUAUUUUCACUGCAAUCGCUGGCUGGGGAAUCGAACCAUUCAGUCACAGAAAUUAUAACUGGUUUUGGGUACCAAUAGCUGGCCCAUGUGUAGGAGCUAUACUCGCCUACUUUGUUUACAUGUUGUUUAUUGAGUUACAUUGGGAACCAGAAGAAGGUGAAGAAAAAGUAGAAACCAUCAAUGUUGUUAAUCAUCAUGAAAAAAUACAUAACCAUGAAAUGCAAGGGGUGAAUAAUCCUGCUUUCGUUGGAUCUGAUGGUAAGCAUUUUCACUGA